GAAUGAGUGAGUACCAUGAGUCUCAGAGGCCACAUACGACCGUUGUGUAGGGGAUAGGCAGGACGGAGCCCCGCGGCGGGGUGGCAGCUGCAGGGCAGGGGGCUGGGAGCCCCAGGAGCCUGCAGGGUGUCCUGGGUUGGCCUCAGCCUCUCCUGGACUCUUCCCUGAGGGUUCUUCUAGAUCGAGGGCCUGGCAGCCCUUUGCACUCCAACCCCAGCGUUUCGGAGAGAGGGGCUGGAGGGCACCCCUUCAGCCCUGCACCUGGCCCCACACAGGCCUGGCACAUGGACUUCUCCAGGCUCAGCAGGUGCGAAGCAGGAAUGGGUGCUGGGACCACAGCAAGGGGUGGCCACACGGGACGGAGGCCGUCAACAUGGAGUGCGCAGGGGCACCAUGGCGGGUGCUGGCGGCGAGGCUGGCCCCUAGCCAGGCCUCCAAAGCAGGGGGUCACCGCUAUGGUUAUGAGGCUGCCCAGCAGUGAGGGAAUGGGCCAGGUCUGGACCCUGAAGCCUGCCCGGCGUGGCCAGGCCCCUCAGAUCCCGGGACCCAGUGGGCCAGGAGGAAAGCACCCGGCCGUGCCUGGGGCAGCCCCCACCCUCCACUGGGAGGGCGGCAGCAGCGCCGUCAGUAGAGGGAAGGGCUCAGGGGGCACAUACCCCACCCCGGGCAGACACUGCUGAGCCUGCAGUCACCAAUGUUUCAGGAGCCCCUGCUGUGAGCCAGGAGUCCUCAGUGGGCACUGCCACGGGCGGGCCGGGUUCUUCCCGCAGUCAGGGCCGCCGCCUAACACGCUUUAUUGAAGCCUUACUCUGUGCAGGGGGUGACACACGACCUGAGCAGGUGAGGUUCCAGCCACAAGGAAGAACUAAAUAUAGUUGACCUUUGAACACCACAAGUUGAAUUGCGCAGGUCCACUUACAAGCAGAUUUUUUUUUCAAUAAAUACAGUAAAUGUAUUUUCUCGCCUUAUGACUUUCUUUGUAACAUUUCCUUUUCUCUAGCUGACUUUAUUGCAACCAGCAGCAUAUAACACAUGUCACAUACACAGUGUGUGUUAAUCGACUGUCUAUAUUAUCAGUAGGGCUCCUGGUCAGCAGUAGCCUGUCAGUAGUUAAAUCUGGGGGGAGUCAAAGUCAUAUGUAGGUUUUCGACUGACCCCUAAUACCUGAGUUGUUCAGGGUCAAGUGUACACAGAGGAGCUCUUCUAAUUCAUGAGAAACUGCAUGAAGAAACCCUGGUGGAGAGGGCCCUGGACACAGGUGCGGAGGAAGUCAGGCUGGGUCUGCGGGGAGGCACCCGGGCAACCUGGGGAGACCAGCUCCCUCCUCAGGGGCGUGUGGCAGGAGCCCCGGUCCCAGGGCCAGCCACUCCCUUUCUCUGGGCCUCAGUCCCCCUUCUGUAAGCGGGCAGGGGGGGGGGUCGGAGAGCUCCCCAGCCCCUUGCAGUCUGUGCAGAGAGAGAUGCUGGGGGCCUGGGGGCGAGCUGAGAAGACGAAGUCCAGCUCUUGGGGUACAUGGGCUGAGCGGGGUCUGCAGGAAGGGCUGCAGUAGACCUGGUGAGCAGGUGCUCCCACCCUGGGCUCAGGGUGCACAGGUCUGACAAGGAGGAUGCUCAUGGAAGCCGGGGGACGUGGGGAGCGCUCUAGACUGGAGGACGGGUGGUCUGGAAAGAAGGCUUCUGAGAAGGUGGGCUGCAGGAGGACAGCUGCUGGAGCGGAGGAAGAGCGGGCGGCUGGAGCGGGCAGAAGUGGCCCCGUCUGGAGUCCACUUCACUGCUGGAGACUGGCCAAGAGUGCGCAUCCACGUGUGUCGGUGGUCACCCGUCAGCGUGGCUGCGUGUCAGGGCACACAGUGCAGUGAGCAAUAGGGCUUCCUGUUAAGGUGCUGGGCGUGCGGCCAGGUGACCACAGCCACCGGGGCCCAGCGGGGAAAGGCCGGCGCUUCCAGAGAUGCAGGCUGGACAGGGCUGGGGGAGGCGGCUCCACCCUACGCAGCUCGCUCACUAGGUUGUUGCAGAACAAGUGCUCUGUCAUUCAUGGCCAGCGUGCUGGUUCUCUGGAAGUGUCAAGACAAGUGGCUCAGCACCCACUUCCCUUCCCGGAAAUUCCCCCUGGCAGCCCUGGGCUGGGGAGGAAGAGGGGGAGUCCGUCACCCCCACUCUGCUGUCGUCAGCCCGCCCACCACCUGCCCUCUUUAAGGAGGAGCAUUGUCACAGCCUGAGGGGAGGGUGGGAGCUGGUUCCGCCUGGGAAACCAAGGUUAUCUGCAGCCCCAGGACCAUGAACAGAAGUAACUGUUCCUUCAGCGAGCUCAGAAGUUCCCCGGCGUUCACAUACUUCACCUUUGUCUACCUGGGCUUGCUGCUGGCGCUGGGCCUGCCGCUCAACGGCCUGGCGCUCUGGGUCUUCUGCUGCCGCCUGCGCAGAUGGACGGAGGCCCACGUGUACAUGGUCAACCUGGCGGUGGCCGACUUCUGCCUGCUCUGCGUCCUGCCUUUCAUGCUCUACUCCCUGAAGGACCACUCCGAGGACACACCGUUCUGCCAGGUCUCCCAGGGCAUCUACCUGACCAACAGGUACAUGAGCAUCAGCCUGAUCGUGGCCAUUGCCGUGGACCGCUACGUGGCCGUGCGGCACCCACUGUAUGCCCGCGGGCUGCGCUCCCCCAGGCGGGCUGCGGCCGUGUGCGUGGUGCUCUGGGUGCUGGUGAUGGGCUCUCUGGUGCUUCGCUGGCUCCUGAGGGAGCAGGAAGGUGGCUUCUGCUUCUCGAACCGGUCCCGGCACAGCCCCUACACCGUGGCCUUCUCACUGCUGGGCUUCUACCUGCCGCUGGCUGUGCUGGUCUUCUGCUCUCUGCAGCUGGCGACCGCCCUGGGCCAGAGGCCGGACACUGACUCGGGCCAGGCGGAGGCCACCCGGAAGGCUGCCCGCAUGGUCUGGGCGAAUCUGGCCGUGUUCCUGGUCUGCUUCCUGCCUUUGCACGUGGUGUUGACGUGGCGCCUGGCCACAGGCCUCAACACCUGUGCCAUCCACGAUGCCCUCCACAUCACUAGCAAGUUCUCAGAUGCCAACUGCUGCCUGGACGCCAUCUGCUACUACUACAUGGCCAGGGAGUUCCAGGAGGCGUCCCCACUGGCCAGUCUCCCCACUGCCAAGGCUCCCAAGAGCCAGGACUCGGUGUGUAUGACUCUGUCCUAGGGGCCAGCGCCGGUGUGGGGAGCCAGGCUCCGGCUCUCCGGGGUGCGGCCUGCUGGGGGCUCUGUGACAAGCAGCAAGUAGGCCCAGGAUCAGCCUUACACUCGCCAUGGCUUGUGGGCACUCUCCAAGAGGCCUGCUGGGCACGGGGGUCCCAGGCACAGGGCCUGGGGAGGUGACACCUCCACCCCUGGGAUGGAAGAGGGAGAUGGAGAGGGAUGGCCAGAGGCCUGAGGCCUGAGCAAAGCAAGGCCAACCCAGGGACCUGGGACAGGGAUCACACCUGCGGUGCCCAGGGCCGGUGCACCUGCUGGGUUGUGCGAGGCUCCGACCGCCAGCCUUCUCAUGCAGCCCACGGGGCUGGGUAAAGUUGUCCACCAGGGCUGGCCCUGACAGGGCUGUGCAGCUGCUGCCCGUGCUCGCCUGGUGGGAGGUGGGGGGGCCAGGGCAUCUCCCCAGAUGACUCCCUAGGGCUUUCUACCCAGGGCUCUCCUUGGGCCCUCAGAUCUGCUCCCCACCCAUCUGAAUUCUGGUGGGUGCUCAAGGCCCUCGGCCUGGCUUCCUCCUGCCAGUGAGGCCCAGGGCCUCUCAGCCGACCCCUCGACCCCUAGGGGCCACACAGAAGCCACAGGGUGGGGGGAGGCCGGGGGCAGUGGGAAACGGGCGGGGUCUGUCGCCGGGCGCUCUCCUGUGCUUCCUUCAUGCCGACCCCCUGCCCGGUGCAGGGAGGGCUGGGUGCCCAGCCAGGUGGCUUUGUGCUGUGCCCGCGUCUCCUCGGCCUCCGUGAUGGGGCUGGGCAGCCAGACUCAAGUUGGAGCAGCCAGAGGCCCCUGUGCCGGCCCAAGGUGGGCCUGGGUUCAAGGCCAGCUCUGUCUCCCUCCACCUCUGUGUCAUCGGGCACAGAACUACCUCCCUGCCCUGUUUUCCCCGCUGCGUUGGGAGGGAGAAUGGUGGCCACAUCCUAGCAGGCCCGGCCUUCCCUGCCCAGUGCUCAGCCUCUGCCGCCUUCACCCUUCCUCAGGGGGAACCCCGCCUGUGUCCCCUUCCUCAGAACCCAUGCCCUUGGUGGCCUCUGGCCACCUUGCCCACUAGUGGGCGCCCAGGAGAGCUGGGGAUGCAUUCUGUGCCAGGAAGGCGCAGGGUGGCCAGGUGUGUCCAGUGGGGCAGGAGUGGGGUAAACACAAGCGAGACGACUCUGGUGUGAGCGAUGGCGGGGCUGCGGGUGGCCCCCCGUGGGCAGGGCUGCAUCCUCUCUUCCCUCCAUCCUGCCCCCUGUCCCUCCUGUGCCCUUAGACACAGAUGGUGGCCUUCGACUAACCCCACAGCCCCAUCCCGCUGCCCCCAAAUUCUCCACACCCUAUGUCCCCAGGAGUGCUCCCCACGGCUCCCCAUACCCCUCACCCCAUCCAGUCUCUCCGUGUGUCUGCACCCCAGUCUCGCCCUACAGCCCCCAUAACCCUGCCCGCUGCCCUCACAGCCCCGCCGUCCUGGGGGCAGGGUCAAGUGGACAGUGUCCAGCCCCCGGCUUCUACCACCCUGGGCCUCCAGGGGUCUGAUUUCCAAGGAAUGCAGGAGUCCGUGGGAUGAUUCUGUGGAUGGAAAAGGGGCCACAUGUUAAACCUGACAAGCUCAGGAGACUGAAAAUAACCACACAGGAUGGCGUGAACAUAACAAUUCCUAACUAGGUGGGUCACAGCAGGAAGUCACAUCCUUGGCCUGUAGCUUCCUUGACAAAGGUCAGUCUUCACCUUAAGUGAGCCUGUCUGUGU